AGCUGCAGCCAAGCCGGGGCUGCUGGGAGCCGGGUGCGAACUCGCGCAGGCAGCGGAGUCCCGCCGCCCCUCUGCCUAAUGAGCUGCACCAGAAUGAUCCAGGUUUUAGAUCCACGGCCUUUGACAAGUUCGGUCAUGCCCGUGGAUGUGGCUAUGAGGCUCUGCCUGGCUCAUUCCCCACCUCUGAAGAGCUUCCUGGGCCCUUAUGAUGACUUCCAACGAAGAAAUUUCGUGAACAAAUUAAAGCCACUGAAGCCGUGUCUCAACAUAAAACAGGAAGCCAAAACACAGAACGACUGGAAGCCUUCACACAACCAAGCCAAGAAGCGGGUGGUGUUUGCGGACUCCAAGGGCCUCUCCCUCACUGCCAUCCACGUCUUCUCGGACUUUCCGGAAGAGCCAGUGUGGGAUCUCCAGUUUGACCUCUUGGACCUGAACGAUAUCUCCUCAGGCUUAAAACUCCACGAGGAGAAAAACUUGAUUUUAGAUUUCCCUCAACCUUCAGCUGAUUACUUAAGUUUUCGGAACCACUUCCAGAAGAACUCUGUCUGCCUGGAGAACUGCUCUUUGCAGGAGCGAACGGUGAUGGGGACUGUGAAGGUGAAAAACAUGAGCUUUGAGAAGAAGGUUCAGAUCCGGAUCACUUUUGAUACCUGGCAGAGCUACACGGAUGUGGACUGUGUCUACAUGAAAAACGUGUAUGGUGGCUCCGAGAGUGACACCUUCUCGUUUGCCAUUGACCUACCCUCCGUCAUCCCAACGAAGGAGAAAAUUGAGUUCUGCAUCUCAUACCAUGCUAACGGGCGGGUCUUCUGGGACAACAAUGAGGGUCAGAAUUACAGAAUUGUCCACGCGCAGUGGAAACCUGAUGGAGUGCAGACGCAGAGGGCAGCCCAGGACUGCACCUUCCACCAGGCGUCCCCCAAGGCCGAGCUGGAGUCGACAGUCUUUGGCAGCCCGAGGCUGGCCAGCGGGCUCUUCCCAGAAUGGCAGAGCUGGGGGAGGAUGGAGAACUUGUCCUCUUACCGAUGAAUGAAGCAACCUAGUGGCUGGUCUUGACCUUAUUGCCCAUGUAAUUCUAGGUCUGUGUUGCUUAAUAUUAGGAAGGCAUUGCUACUUUCCUUCAGUAGGUUUAGCUUGGAACUUUUGAGACCUGGCUACAAAAAAGAUAGCCCCUUGAGAAUUUAGUGUGGGGUUCUAUAUGGAUGACGCUGCCCCAUUUUGCUGUGGAGGGUCAAGUAACAGCCUGGUAACCCUAUUUUUAUAAAAGUAAUACAUUGUCAAUGCCCAUUUCUCCUUCCCUCUCAAUUCACUGGCUUUCACGUUGGGCAAGAAAAGGUUGAGGAAGGACAGUGGAUAGUGACAGAAAGCUGUGUUAAUGGUAUGAGGAAUGUCUGAAAAGUAUACCCAAAGGGCUCUGCAGCUCAGGUCAGAGUAGGAGCGAGAGGUCUGAUACUUAACUGUCGGUGAGAAAAUGUAAGGUUAUUUUGUGGUUUUAAGUUGGUUUUACAGUUCUCUCCCAGGGAAGUAAUUUGUAGAGGGGAGAAAAACAUCCAUUCUCUGUAUUCUUGUAGAGAAAAACCCAAACAAACUUUAGGAGUGUUGGGUGGUACUGGGGAAAGUGAAUUAUAAUUCUGGGGAAUCAAGAUUGAUUCUGUUCAAACGUGACUUAACAAAAAUCAUGAUUUGGGGAAAGCUUAAGCAAAUCUGGCUUUGCAGUCCUAAUGGGAUAAGCGACCUUGCUUGUGAUCAAGGUGCCAUGCUUGGGUUCUCAGUAUAGAUGCUGCCUGACCAAAAAUCCCAUGCCAUCAUCCUUGGCCAACAGCUUGUAGGGACUCUGUGUCAUGUCAAGGAUCACUCUUUGCCAGGGCCUUGAUUAAACCAGAAUGUUGUAGUUGCUUAACCCGAGUGUGUGAAGGGUCAUCGGAUAACCUGUGAGCGUUUGGCCUCCUAAGAAGGCCCACUCUGUACGCUGGCAUUCCUCCUGCAAAACUGUUGUAUCUUCAAGAGUGCUGUCAAUGUACACAACUCGCGUCCUUCAUAUUGAAGGUGACUCAUAUUUCUGCCACACUUUUUCGAUGUGAUGUUGGAAGUGAGGAUUGGCACUGAUUCUCAAUUUAAGAAUCCAGUACCUUGCACAUAAAAGUAGCCAUUUCUGUUUCUUGCCUAUAUUCUUCUUGUUAUUUUAAGUCUUCCUACCAAUAUCUUUAAAGUCCACUUUUUUUUUAAUGAUGUGAAUUGUUUGGGGUGUGUUGUAAUAUACUUGUUUUGGAGUGUGCCUAAAUCCAUUCUGUAAAAUCUUCAGAACAGGAGCCCCUGAAUGUUUGCUUCUAUCACUGUGCACGUCCACUGAGGUGUUCCGAGAAUGCAGUUAAUUUUAACACAUGAUCUGCCAUGCUGGAAGCGUACUAGUGGAAUAACUCUGCUAUGACAAUAUUUGAAGUUUGGCUAGCACCCACAAUUUUUCUGCUCUAAAUAUUUCACUCUCCUAUAGCUAUCCUCCGUGAACUUCUCACUUUAAAAAUAAAAAUGUUUGAUAUAA